GUUUCCUCUUUCCAGUGUGUAGAACGCAUGCGCGAAGCUACGCCGGGUGAAACAUGUCAACUUCAGUCAGCAGCUACAAACCUGUGAGCCAUGUCAUUUUCGACAUGGAUGGAUUAUUGCUCGACACAGAACGACUUUACACAGUGUCUUUCCAAGAAAUAUGCGACCGCUUCGGGAAGCAGUACACCUGGGAUGUGAAGUCGUCUGUGAUGGGGAAAAAGGCUCUGGAUGCCGCCCAGAUUAUCCGGGAUUCCUUGGAUCUUCCCAUGACAGCUGAGGAGCUGCUGAAGGAAAGCAGGCAAAUACAGGAGAGGAUCUUUCCGUCGGCCAAACUUCUGCCAGGUGUGGAGAAACUUGUAAACCAUCUGAAGAAGCACCACAUCCCCAUCGCUGUGGCAACCAGCUCAGCUGGUGUAACCUUCAAGCUGAAGACCAGUGCACACACAAACUUUUUUGCUCUGUUUGAUCACAUUGUUCUGGGCGACGAUCCCGAUGUAAAGAACGGCAAACCUGAGCCCGACUCCUUCCUGGUGGGUGCCAGCAGAUUCAGCCCCCCAGGAUCCCCAGAGAAGUGCCUGGUGUUUGAAGACGCCCCCAACGGCGUAAAGGCUGCGCUAGCUGCAGGAAUGCAGGUGGUGAUGAUUCCCGACGACAACCUGGCCCCCAGCCUCACCCAGGGGGCCACUCUGCGCCUGAAGAGCAUGGAGGAGUUUGACCCGCAGCUCUUUGGUCUGCCUGCGUACAGCUAAACGGGCCACAGCAGCGCUGCUUCUGCCUCUGUGUUUCAGUUCGUUGGCGUCCUUUCAAAGAAACGGUUAUGUUAAUUUGAUGAGGAGAAAUCAUACUGAUAGUUUUCAGAGUCAGCCUCAGCCUUUGGGCAUUCAAGGAUUAUUUUUUUUAUUUUACAUUUUACUGCCAUCUUAAUAUCAACCUCAGGGCUUCAUGAAAGCUCUGGAGUUAAUGGGACGAUGAGUUUGACUCUUAUGAAAUGUAAAUCAAACUGUUUCUGUGGAAAUCAAACAUUCUCUUCAGCUUUUGUAAACCUGUCCUACUUAUGAUUUUUAAAGAUGAUUAAAGUAAAUUUCAAUUGAUUUUA